AAAGCUGUUUUGGGUGGGGGCGCGCGCGGUGUUCUGGGUGCGGCGUUGUGGUUGCGUGUACUGUGGUCAUCUUCCCGCUACGAAGUAGCUGCCAUGUCUGACGAGCCGCAGCCGCCGGUGUCCGCCGACGAACACGAGCAUGAUGACGAGACAGGACGUGGGCUAUGCUCCUCCGCCGGAGAAGAGCCUGAACGACCUGCUGUCGCUGGACACGGAAGACGAGAGCCUGCAGAAGUACAAGGCCACGCUGCUCGGUCAGGCCACUGCUGGCGGCGUCGUUGUCGACGAGUCCAACCCCAGCCGGGUGAUUGUGCGUCGGCUGGCGCUGGUGGUGGAGGGCCGGGAAGACGUGGUGCUGGACCUGAGUGGUGACCUGGAGGUGCUGAAACAGCAGACGGUGACCAUCAAGGAGGGCAUUCAGUACCGGUUACGGAUCGAGUUCCACGUGCAGCGAGAUAUCGUCACCGGUCUGCGCUACACGCAGAAGACCUACCGCAAGGGCAUCCAAGGUCAGUGGACGCCGCGUCGGGGCGAGAGAAGACGCCCGGAACCAUGGUGCAACGGGCUUCGAACCCCGACGUCGCACGUGGCAGCCGAAGGUGCUUACCAUUCGGCAAUAACACGCCCCGGGCGACGGAAGUCGGCGAUCAAUUUACGUGCGCCAUAUCCGCGACGUUCAGCGCACCUGUCUCGCCGCCAGACGGUGACCAUCAAGGAGGGCAUUCAGUACCGGUUACGGAUCGAGUUCCACGUGCAGCGAGAUAUCGUCACCGGUCUGCGCUACACGCAGAAGACCUACCGCAAGGGCAUCCAAGUGGACAAGAUGAACCAGAUGCUGGGGAGCUACGGCCCUCGGCAGGACGUGCACACCCACCUCACCCCCAUGGAGGACGCCCCGUCCGGCAUGCUCGCCCGCGGCACCUACAACGUCAAGUCCGUGUUCUGCGACGACGACAAGAACGAGUACCUCAAAUGGGAGUGGAGCUUCGAGAUCAAGAAGGAGUGGUAGAGUGGCCGGCGACCGCGAGGGAGUGGAGGCUGCGCCGACGGCCGCGCCGUCUGCUUAUUUUAGUCGGCGCGCGGCGGAGUAACUGCUGCCCGCCCGAUGGCCAUCCGUUUUGAUGGGAUGCGUAGCGAUUCGCUUGCGUCAGUUGCCAGAUGGGUUGCCAGGCGCCCGGUCGGCGCUGCUGCCGCGCUGUAUUUUAGAGCGCCGUGAUUGUGGUAUUCCGAACGGUGAUUGCUGAGCGGUCUCGUGCACUUGGCCGGUCCUUUUCGGUGAGGAAAUGUGCGAUUUGUGAUAAUCCUUGAUUGCCCGCGUUGUAUUCUGGCUUCUUGCUGUUCAGCAGUUAUUUUUACGUGAACUUGCAACCAAGAUAAUUUCAUAUCACUCUAUAAUCUAUGUUUUGCGUACCUAGAUGUGUGCGUGCCCAAACGAAUAUGAUAUUGCUUCUCUUUAUUGUGCCGUCGUGUGUCUGUUGCGGCGGCAUGCCAGCUGCGUUAUCGCCGCCCCUGUCCGUAAUGAUCGUACUGCGAGUCGACAUUUACUCUUCACGCCGGCUGUUCUUUGGCACGCUGCCAGCUCCGCUUUUGUACUGUUUUUUGCCGUCGAAUCUGCCGACUGGUGCGUCAGCCGAGCGGAGCAGAAGAGUGCGUGUCCGCCCCGAGCGCCUCGGCCGCGCCGCCGGCCCGCUCCCGCCGCCGCUGGCGGGCCGCUGGACUCGCCUCUGCUGCCGCGUGCGUGUGCG